CUUAAAUCAGCUCUGCAUUCAGUCUAUCCUCUUAGAUGGCUGUUGAUUGAUUCAAGUUUCUGAUAUUUUUUCAAGUUUAAUAUGAACAGCAGCAGUAAUUAGGCCUUUAAAAUGUUCAUACAACCAACUUUUUCUGAUUAGAAGUUAAAAUUAAUAACAGCCAUGUUGUUGGCAGAAGCUGGAUGUUUGUUUCUGGGUUUCAUUCUGUGCCUCUCAGGUGUUCAGGGAAAACCAAACAGCAUCUGUGCCUUGAAAGGUUCAUCAGUGAAUCUGCCCUGCUCAGAUCAACAUCCCACUGCAAGAAAUAGCUGGUAUGCUGGAUACUUGACUAUCUCCAAGAUAUUGUUCACGACAGAUGAAACACAUGUAAAGUACAGCAUGUCAGCAGAGAGUAAUUUCACUCUAACAAUCAAUAAUCUAACAGAGAGAGAUGCAAGUUUUUACUGCUGCAUUAAAACUGCUGACACAUCAAAGUGCCAACAAAGUGGAAUUAAUUUCCAAGUUACAGAGCUGCAGGUAAAGGUGAUUCCUGCCACAGAGGGACAGACAGUAACACUGAUGUGCAGCAGCAGCUGUCCUCUGACUGAAAAGCCUGCAGCCUACAUCUGGUACAAGAACAGAGAGUUUCUCUAUGAGGACUGGUCUCCCUGGUACCAAGAGCUGCUCAGCAGUGAGGAAGCAGUCACAUACUCCUGUGCUGUCAAAGGCUACGAGGAUCUCAGAGCCCCUGAAGUCUCUGUGGGUUCUGUAACUCCGACCUGCUUCAAUGUGACCUAUGCUAAAGGGAGAAUGUGUUCCUACAAGCAGACAUCAGUGGAUGAGUCCUGCUCCAUCACAUAUCCCAGAGAAAUUCAUGUCCAGAGGACUCCUGCUGAUCACAGAGGUCACAUCAGACUGACCUGUAACAGCAGCUGUUUUCUGACUGACCCUCUGAUUUCCUUUGUGUGGUAUGAGAACAGAAAACCUACAGUGCAGGAAGACAAACAGAUUCAGGUUUCCACCUCUGAUCAUGACAGUUUGUCUUGUGCUGUAAAAGGUCUUGAGGAUGUGCGCUCUGCUGACGUCUGUGGUGGUGAUUCCUGCUGGAGUUUGAAUUAUGUCCACAGCAGAAUCUGUGCUCUGGAAGGUUCUUCAGUCAACAUCUCCAGUAAAUACUCACAUCCUGACUACGAGCAGAUACAGUCUAAAUGUUGGUAUAAAGUCAAGAGAGAAGCUGAACAGCUGACUGAGGAUGCAGAUCAUGUGGAGUAUGAUGACAGCAUGAAGAACCAACACAUCCUCAGAUUAAAGAAGCUGAAGAGAGAUGACUCAGCAGAAUACAGGUUCACCAUCACAACAGAAUAUGAAGAAGUGACACAGUCUGAUUUUCCUGGAGUUACACUGAUUGUCACAGAGCUGAGAGUGAAGAUGAGUCCUUCUGCAGUGGUGACAGAGGGUCAGAGAGUCACACUGACCUGCAGUACCAGCUGUCCUCUGACUGACAACACAAACUACAUUUGGUACUUGAACAGUCGACCUCUGACCCCGAGAGAGAACCAGAACAAACAUCUGAUCCUAGACCCAGUCAGCAGGGAGGAUGCAGGAAGCUACUCCUGUGCUGUGAAAACCAACAAAGAUAUCAGCUCUGCUCCAAAGACUCUCACUGUCCAAAGUAUCACAGGAACACGGAUACGAGCAGCUGCAGGAGUUUCUGCAGCUCUGCUGGGUUUAAUACUUCUCACUGUCUUCUUGUGUAUCAGGUGUGGGGGCCUAUUUCCCCCUACCACGCUCCCUGCCGGUGACUGAUGCCCCACCCGCCGGCUGCUGCUUGGUGGGGCCUGGUCCCCCUGCCUGUGUCCGGGGCCUGCUGGGGGGUGGGGGGCCCAAAGGUCUCUGGCUCUGGGGUUCGGUCUGCUUUGGUGCAGCUGUAGCAGGCUGCAGGCAGAGCUUGCUGGCUCCCUAUACACACUUUUAGACACCUACAUGGAGAAACCUUAUGAACACAAGCACAGUCUCACAGACACACAAACACACACACACACAUGUACACAAAAGUAUUCAUACAGGUGUACAAACAGGUGCUCACAGACACAUCUUGGUCGACAGCUGCCUCUGAACAUGCCAUGUUUCAUUAAUACUCUGUCCUGCUAGGUAAUAUUUAAUAUUUAUUAUUUACUGUUACUUAUGCUUAUGUUUGUUGUUGCUGGAGUUUCCCUUCUGUGUUGUUUCUUGGCUUUUUUUUUGGUUUUCUAGCUGGUGUUAAAGCAGUUUUUCAGUGUUUUUUCUCUCUAUGUUCCUCCUCUUCUCUAUUCUUCUUGUGCUCAUUCUGUUGAUUUUCUCCCCAACUCGUCUUUCUUUCUCCUUUCUCUUAUCAAUUCCUGGGCCAUGUCUGUUGUGAUUGUAAUAACUCAAAAUAAAAAAAAAUAAAAAAUCCUAAUAAAGACCUAAAAUAUGAUUAUCAAGUGGACCAAAACUGCACUUCAGCAAAAGCUGUCUUUGGAAAAAAAAUAACCUGUUGGCCCUCACCAUGGUUCACUGAAGCCCCAAAGCCUUAUAAAUGCUUUUGCAACCCUUUUAAGAUGUCAAUGACUUUGUUUCUCAUUUCUUCUUUCGAUCAUUUUUUGAGGGGUUCAGGUUCAGUUUGUCAGAGAGGUUCUGUUUUAGAAUCUGUCAGUAAAGUGACAAUGUAACUAACAGCAAACCACCAGCUAUGAGUUAUUGAUGCAGUUUAACAUGAAUUUAUAAUCACUGUCUCGUCUCCUCAGAUGAACCUUGACCCCAUGUAUGAAACCAUCUCAGCUCAGUCAGCAGGGCAGGAUGAUCAUCACUACAGCAGACUGCACUUCAGUGACAACCACACAGCUGACCUCUACUCCACCAUCGAGCCACUGUGUGCUUAAUAAAGAAACGUUUGUUAAUAUGGUGAUUUUAUCUCCAAUGAUAAACCUUUACCAUCACAGCAAAGACACUGCAGCUUCUUGAUCCAUCAGUGGAUUUCGCUCACUUUAUUGGAAUAUAAAUUACAGUAGAAAUAAGUAGAAAUUGAAAUCCAAUUGAGAUUGAAAAGCUCAAGCCCUAAUCUUAAGCACUUUACUUUGUGUCCUUCUGGUGCCAUUAAUGAAAACAUCAACGCGAUUGUGUAUGCAGGUUUCUCUUCUGUUAGGUUUUUGUCUGUACCACAAAAUAACCACUAACAGUGUCACAUGUCCCUGCUCUCACUGUCAGCACUGUCAGGUUUUUGAUGAACAUGUAAUGAAAUGUAGCCAUGUCACAUGUUUAACUGAGCUGCUUUAAAUGUAGUUUGUCUGGAGACAGAGUCAGAAAAAUCAAGUCUCUUUUCAGCCUUUCAGGUAGGAGUAAUGUAAAUGAUGUUUCUGGAAUGUAGAAAUUAUGCAUAAUUGUACUCAUUAAUUUAUUUAAGAAAACAGUUUUUAAUGUGAUUUGAUCUGUAUGACCUCUGAAUUGUAUUAAAGUACCAGAUUUGUAUCUUUUA